AUGGCCAUCCUUCGUAUGUUGUUCUCUUUGCUGAACAAUCCACGGGUCAUUGAGAAACUAGCGGAGUCUCGUCCUAUCCGACGUGCGGCACAGAUCGCAGCUUUUGCGAUCAUCAAAGCGCAAAUCGCUGGGAGGGGUGCAACAGCGAAGGUUCUGAAAUCAGAGACACUACGCCAGGUUCGGCAAGAGGCAAACGGCCGGAUUCCCCGAGACAUUGGUGACAUCGGGACCCGGUUCAGGAGAGUGAGGGAGACUUUUGUCAAGGAGGUGAAAGAUGGCUUCAGAGACGCUCAGGGACAAAUAAAGAAAUGA